AGAAUUGGCCCAAAGAGGCCCAUUAAGAAAAGCACCUGGGGAUAUGGAAGAUGGGUAAUUUUUUGCAAAAUUGGGGAUUUUUGAGAUUCUCCCUUUUCUCUCUCCUCUUUCCCAAAGCAUGAACUCCUAAGUGAGAAAAGAGGGUAUCAGAAAUUUAAAAGAAUCAAACCCAGAAAAAAUAUCAAAUUUCUCAAAUGUAAUUUGCCAGAUUUUUCUGCAAGUGGGUUUUGUGUGAUCUAAAAAUUUGGUGUUGAAAAAAGAACAAAAAUAAAAUAAAAUGGAUAUUGAUAACAUAGAAUGUGUAUCAACCAUUGAUAUGGAUGAAGAUGAGAUAAUUCAUCAUCAUCAUCAUCAAAAUCAUCAUCAAUUUUCAUCUUCAAAAGCUCCACAUAACAACAAUGGCGUCCUUAAUUCCUCGAUUCACCCAGCUACCAGUGUUCAUGAGCUUCUUGAAUGCCCUGUUUGUACAAAUUCUAUGUACCCUCCUAUUCAUCAGUGCCGAAAUGGGCAUACACUUUGUUCCACCUGUAAAACACGUGUGCAAAAUCGAUGCCCUACCUGCCGUCAAGAACUUGGGGAUAUAAGAUGUCUAGCAUUGGAAAAAGUUGCUGAAUCACUUGAGCUUCCUUGCAAAUACUACACCCUUGGUUGCCCAGAGAUCUUCCCCUACUACAGCAAACUUAAACAUGAAGCCCUAUGUAACUUCAGGCCAUACAACUGUCCAUAUGCUGGAUCAGAAUGUUCUGCUACUGGGGAUAUACCUUCUCUCGUGGCUCAUUUGAGGGAUGACCACAAAGUUGACAUGCAUUCUGGAUGUACAUUCAAUCAUCGUUACGUGAAGUCUAAUCCACGUGAGGUGGAAAAUGCUACAUGGAUGCUGACUGUUUUCCACUGUUUUGGUCAGUAUUUCUGCCUCCAUUUUGAAGCAUUUCAACUUGGAAUGGCUCCUGUAUAUAUGGCUUUCCUUCGGUUCAUGGGUGACGAGAUGGACGCUAGGAACUAUAGCUACAGCCUUGAGGUCGGAGGCUAUGGCCGUAAACUCACAUGGGAAGGAACCCCUAGAAGUGUUAGAGACAGUCAUAGGAAAGUUAGGGACAGCCACGAUGGUCUUAUAAUACAGCGAAACAUGGCACUCUUCUUUUCUGGAGGAGACCGCAAGGAACUGAAGUUACGGGUCACUGGACGCAUAUGGAAGGAGCAACAGAACCCUGAUGGCGGAGCCUGCAUUCCUAAUCUGUGCAGCUGAUAGUUGGUUUAUCUCAUUCCUUCUGACCUCCUGCCUUCUCUCUUCACUCUUCUCUUUGGGAUUGUAAUUCAGUUAACCAAGUAUAUAAACGGGGUCAUGUACAAUUAUUACUGAUAUGGGAUGCGUGGAUGAUAGAUGUAGUUAUGUAGUCACUUUUCAAGAUUGUUUAACCAAUUCGCUUAAUAAUUUUUACUGCUUUUAUCUCUUCA